UGUUUGCUAGUUGAAUCGAGUGGAUUAUGGGUUUGCUUUCUUGGGUAUCUUCUUUAAAUGUGGUUAUACUCCAAACGUGACCACCUUCAACACUCUAAUAAACGGGUAUAUUUUAGAAAGUAAGACUUCUGAGGCCAUGAAAUUGUUCGGAAGGUUGAUGGAAAAAGAAGACAUCGAACCCGAUGAAUUCACAUACUCGACAAUCAUAAAAGGGCUUUGUAAUGAUGGAAACAUCGAUGAUGCUUUGAGCUACUUAUUAGAGAUGAGAGGGUCGGAUAUUGUGCCAGAUGUUGUCACCUACAACUCUUUGGUUGAUGGCUUAUGCAAAUCAGGACGAUGGAAUGACGCCACAAGAAUGUUGAAAGACAUGACAGAGCAAAAUAUUUUCCCAGAUGUUGUAACCUUUAGUAUACUGGUGGAUUCAAUUUCCAAGGAGGGAAGGACCGAAGAAGCGGAGGGCAUACUCGGGAUCAUGAUCCGAAGAGGUGAGAAACCCAAUGUUAUCACUUAUAAUGCACUGAUAGAUGGAUAUUGUUUGCAGGGCCAAAUGAAGAAAGCAAAAGAAGUUUUCGACUCCCUAGUUGAAAAGGGCCUUGAGCCCGAUAUCCGUAGCUAUAAUACUCUAAUCAAUGGUUUCUGCAAUAAGAUGAAUUUAGACGAGGCCAUGGAUCUCUUCAGAGAAAUUCCUCGUAAAGGAUUAGAACCUGCUACCGAGACUUACAACACUUUGUUAAAGGGGCUGUUACUCGCGGGCAGAUGUGAUGCAGCGGAUCAUAUGCUCCAUGAGAUGAUGUGUAGCAGCCAAAAUCCUGACAUUAUAACUUACUCAAUCUUGAUAGAUGGCUUCUUUAGAAAUCAAAAAAUUGGCAAGGCAAUAGAGGUGUUUCGUUUUAUGGAAGAUCAAGGAAUAGUUCCUAAUAUCGUUGUUUAUAAUGUCGUUAUUGAUGGUAUGUGGAAAGCUGGGAAUGUUCAAGAUGCUCGAAAGCUAUUUAGUUGCCUUUCAUCCAAAGGUUUGAGACCUAAUGUUACGACGUACAAUACAAUGAUUAGUGGACUUUGUAAGGCAACGUUGCUGGAUGAAGCUGAGGAGUUACUCAAAGAUGGAAAAAACGGAACAGAUCCUACAAUCCGAAAUCAAAAUUGUUGAAAUCUGCAAAGAGGAAGCAAGAGGUGGUAAAGAUGUUUUCUGCAAGUUUUCUUCCCAAGGGAUGCAUAAGUUUUAUGGAAAUGUCAAUUAUGAUAGAUGUACUUGUCAAGAAGGCUGCUGGGUGAAGCAAAAGCGUUACUGGAGCAACUGGAAGAUACUAGUCAUUUGGCUAAUGAUUCUAUUUGCAAUGAGUUGAAGUUGUCAAAGUAUGGAUGCUUGUGCAAGUGGCAUGGAAGGAUUUAUGAGGUUCGAUGUUGUCAACUUUGGGAGGAAGUUCCACCUAUACCAUUGACUUCUUUUGUUGACAUUUGCCUUUUGCUGGUAAUUUUGCUUGAGGUUAUAAUGUCUAAUUCCCUUGAUGUUGGUUGUCUUUUUAUUAAUGAUAACUUGUUUCCACUAGAGGAUCCUUUCUCAUGGUAAAAUCUCAUCUUAAGUUGUUAAUAGCGAUCCCAAUGGUAAAAUAUACGUUCUCAAACA